GCAACCUGACAAACUGCGGGUGGUGUGGAUCAGGGAGGAACAGACGUCACAGCACCAAGCUCCACAGUUGGCAACCAGGGAUUAAGAACCCCUACAGAGGCCUGGUGGUUUGGCAGGUUCCAGAGAGCUUAGACAUCACUGUCACACUCUUCAAGGAACCUACUGCUGAGGAGUUUGAAGACAAGGAUUGGACUUUUGUCAUUGAAAAUGAGACAAAAGGCCGCAGGAAGGUGUUGGCAUCAGCUGAGGUCAAUAUGAAGAAGUAUGCCAGUGCCACGCUGGCCCAGUAUGAUGUAACACUAAAGCUCAAACCACUGUCUGUAAAAGUGGUGGAAGCCACACUGAAACUGAACUUGUCCUGUAUCUUUCUCAAAGAGGGGAAGGCCACAGACGAGGACAUGCAGAGUUUGGCCAGUCUAAUGAGUAUGAAACAGAGUGACAUUGGCAAUCUGGAUGAUUUUAACGACAGCGAUGAUGACAUGGGUGAGGAAAGAAGGGCCAGCUUUGGAACUACAUAUGCUGCUCACGUUACUGCUUCUGCUCCUUCCACUGCAAGAAUACAUGAUCUGGCUUGGCGGCCUGCAACUGAAUCAGGCCCUACAGUAAACUCAGAGAUGGAUUGGAAAACAUCCUCUGGCAUUUCCUCCACCAUCUUGGUCCCAUUUUGUCCUCCUCUGCCUGAACCCCCAGAUCCCCCUGUUCCAUCCUCUUCAUUGCGAACCCACACACGACCACCGAGCACUAACCAGCAGACUCGGCCCUCCCUCCAUGCCUACUCAUUACCGGCCUUUAAAUGUGCUCACCCUCCUGCACUUCCCAAAAUCUUCCAGCCCAGUGCUGGAUCAGUGCCCAUUUCAGCUCCACGAAGGCCCCAUAGCUUCCAUUGUGGCUCCUUUCCAGCUGAGGGCCUGGAGGCCACAUCUUCUGUCUCCUUUUUACCCUCUGAUCAAUCUCUCCACCCUCCUGCUCUCUCUGAUACCUCUCAGAAAGCGUGUCCUAGUGUCUGGAGAGCACAGAGCGUUCCCUCCUUUUCUUCUGUCUCCUCCUCAUCAGAACCUCUCAGCUCCUUCCUUCCUAUACCUCCACCACCUUCUGCUCCCAGACAGCCCAAAACUUGCCCCAGCUCUGUGGGAGAGCCGGGCUCAGCCCUCACCAAACCGACCAGUCUUCCAUCUGCCCCUGAGACAGCUCCCUGGCAGAGUGAAUGGAGGCCUCCUAAAUUUCAGGCCCCUCUAGCACAGCCAACCCUCUCUCCUAAGUUUCUGCAUCUCUCUGCCAGUGAUCCUGGACAGCCUGCAGUGUUGCGGAAAAAGCAGAGAGUAGAGAUGCCAUGUAAUGCUGCUCUAUGUGAAACUCAACUCAAACCUGACAUCCUCCCUUACUGUUCAGCCUGAGCCUCCCUGUUGUAUGCAUGUCCAUUUCAUUCAUGUUCUCUGUUCUUAACCCAGUACCUCUUCCACUGCUUUGACAUGUGAUUUACUAAUGUGUAGCUUUGGUUCAUCCUUACCAGUUCAAUAUUUAGAUUAGUUUGGAUGGAAUAUAGAAUUCCAGUGCCUAUUUAAUACAGCCUGACAGUGCACAAAAAACAUUGUUGGGAAAAUUGUUAGGAGACAUGUUAUAGACUGGUCUGAUUUGAGAUCAGUCUCUUGACAACAAAAGUGCCAUCUAGACAUGCACCUAUAUAAGUAUGAUGUCAACAGAGGUAAAAAAAUAAAAUAAAAUAAAUCCUCACUAAACAGCUACCAUAAUAUUCAGACCAGCUGUCUUCUUACCAUACAUUUUCAUUGAAUGCCCAAUUGCAUGGAUGAAAUCAUGAAUAUCCAGCAUAUGGCUUUACAAACAGCAUGUGAGCAAACAAGAGUCCUAGCUUAAGUUCUUGUCUCUCUAUGUAUGUUGGAUAUUAUAAAAAAGGCAGCAGCUUUCUCAGUCUAAUAAAUUAUUAAUUUAAUGCACA